AUGCCUUUUCGAUCACCAUUUCAUGCGGCAGAGGGGCAGUCAAACCAGCCGUUAUUGAAGGAGGAUGGUCGGGGCCGCGAAUCGAAUACCUUCUCGGAGGCGCUCAAUGGCCAUCCAAGCCGGCCGCCUAAUUCUCGCCGGUCGACCUUUCGUAGUCGAACACCAGAUAUAGACGAAAAGAACUUGACUCGCAGGAAAUAUUUAUUGGCAUCUGGUUUCUUGCUUCUCAGUUUGAUCAGUUUUGUCGUCCAGACAGAGACCGCCGUGUACAUUCAACAUGAACUGCACUGGAACAAGCCAUAUUGCAUGUUGUAUUUGACCCACGGUUCCUGGUCUCUGCUGUGGCCCAUACAGCUCCUUAUUCUCCGCAUACAGAAACGCAAAUUAUCCUGGGACGCAUUCUGGCGACGACAUGUCUUCCUCCUACGAACAACCGCUCAAAUGGUCGAGAGACAGGAUCUCCAUUUGAGUAGCCGGGAUGACCACCGCUCACCUGUGCCCUACAUGCUGAAGACGAUUGCUUUCAUUACAAGUGCCCUAACUAUCGCCGGUGGCUCCUGGUAUGUUGCAGUCAAUUUGACUACAGCAAGCGAUUUAACCGCCAUAUACAACUGCUCUGCUUUCUUUGCCUACGCCUUUUCGGUUCCUCUCUUAAACGAUAAACUACGUUUUGAUAAAAUAUUUUCGGUCGUUGUAGCCAUUGUCGGCGUGCUCGUGGUUGCUUAUGGUGACUCCGGCCCGGGGGAGGGUGAGAGCAAGGGAAGUGCCAACAAUCGUAUGCUCGGAAACAUCAUCAUUGGCAUUGGUAGUGUCCUGUAUGGAUUGUACGAAGUUUUGUAUAAAAAGUUGGCGUGUCCUCCAGAAGGCACGAGUCCAGGACGAAGUACGAUAUUCGCAAAUCUUGUGGGGAGUAUGAUUGGAUCAUUUACUUUACUUGUUCUAUGGUUUCCGUUGCCAAUCCUGCACUGGCUGGGUCUAGAGACAUUCGAAUGGCCUCGAGGUGAGGCAGCAUGGAUGCUUUGCAUUUCUGUACUUGCCAAUGCCACCUUUUCUGGCUCGUUCCUGGUGCUUAUCUCGCUGACGUCGCCUGUUCUGUCGUCUGUCGCCGCGCUAUUGACUAUUUUCCUCGUGGCCAUUGUUGACUGGAUGGUAACCGGUAAGCCCUUGUCGGCCGCGGCCAUCUGGGGUGGCAUUCUCAUCAUCGCUGCCUUUUUGCUCCUGAGCUUCAGCACAUACCGGGAGCUCGACGAAGAACGAAAGCGACGGCUGGCCGACGAAGGGCCAGAUUCGGACAGUGACGAAUAA